UAAUGGUCCAGAUAACCCAUGGUCCACCUGAAUAGACCAUCACACAAUCCUCCUGAGAUGAGAAUUUAAAUAAGAAAUAGUUGUUGCUUAGAUCAAUUGAGGCGAAAUCAUCUUGUAGCCCCUAAAGUGUCUUGACUCUAGCACACAGCAAUCUAUAUCCUAUACUCUUCCCAACUGAUUAGAUGAUGAGUGCAUUUGCCCAUGGUCAUCUGAUUUCUUGUAAUAACUUUCUGGGGAGAGCAAUUGUGGGUAUCCCAUCGGUCCUCUGGGUGAGAAGUCCAUCUUGGAUGUCAGUAUCUCCAUCCUUAUCUUCGUCCACAGAGUUGAUAGUAUCCUUUAAUUCAUCAAAAUAGAAAUCUUUGCUUUUGGGUGCUGUGAGGGCUUCUUUGAAUGAUUUAACCUUGGGCCCCUCAAUUGGUGUAGACAACAACUUAGGGCUUGAAGAUUGAGAGGGGGCGGGGAGGGUGUGUAUGGAUGGAUCAUCCAUGGGGAUGUCCAUCUCUGCUUCCCCCCAUUGAAUCUUUGCUUUUAAUUUUCUUGGUGCUACGAAUCAGAUGGUCUUCUUCUUCUUGAAAUUUUUCUUGUUGAUCAAAGCUGACAGUUGAAGGUAGGUUAAGUGACUCGUUCCAAAAUUGGAAGAAGAUGGACAUUGGAUAACUCAUGGAAUACAAUCAUGUUCAAGCAGUCUCCUAGUAGAAACCACAGGUCCAAAGGCAUCAAGGUUAAGCGUGUUCUUCAAAUUUGUGUCCUGCUUGCUGUCUGCUUUUGGUUGGUUUACCAAGUCAAGCACUCCCAUGACAAGAAGAAAGAAUUUGAUGAAAACGAUGCAAAGCUAUCACAUGAAAAACAUUUUGAUGGUGAAAUUUCGAAAAUCGGAAGAAAAGCUAUCCUUCCUGGAUUGGAGGAAACAACUAUGAAAAAUGAUGAAGUAGAAGAAGAAGAAACUGGAGGAGGAGGAGAAGAAGAAGAGAACAAGCAGAAUGAAGAGGAAGAGAAAAAAGAAGACAAGUCUGAAGAGAAAGAAGAUGAGGGGAGAGGAGGUGGAGAUGAUCAGAUAGCCGAACGUGAUCAACAGAAAUCUGAGAUAGGGGUUGAGCAUGAGGUGGAUUUUAUCGAUGAAGAGAUGGAGAGAGAAAAAGCUGAUGAGAAGGAAGCUGAAAGUAAAGGUGUUCAAAAUGAGAAUGAGAAUUCUUUGGAGGACCGUAAUCAUGGUGGAGGUAAUAGGAAUGCUCAUGAGGCGCGAGAGGAACAUUAUAGGGCUGAUGAUGCUUCCAGUGCGGUGACACAUGAGACUGAAGGAGGAAGUUUGGAAAACUCAAACAAGAAAACUGAAAUGAAUAGUCUAGGGGAGGAAAAUAAAGUGAAUAAUGCGGAGGAAAUCACUGUUGCUCAAAACAGGACAGGCAUAGAGGAUGCAAAAGGUGAAAUGGUUGAAAAUGUUGUUUCUCCAAAUGUAACCGGGAAAGAAGAAAAGCGGUACGAGAUUGGUUCAUCCAAAUCGGAGGACAGCUGGCUUUUGAAUUCUACAAUGACAACAGAGGCUAACAAUCAACCAGAAAUAGGCAAUAAUAACUCAACAGACGGGAGUUUGGAAACUAACAAUUUGUCCCUGCAAAAUGAAACGGAGACUAAAGCAAGUGCAAGUAAAGCUCAAAAUGCCACGGUAGAGGGCACAACUUCAGAAGACUCCGCCUUACAAACCAUUGCUCUGGGACAGGAAAAUAAUUCUAAUGCAACAGCUUCCAAAAACAAUCAAUCCGACUCAAAUUUGAUGAUUUCCAGUAAUACUGAAAAUUUAGAAUCAGCCGCCAAAGGAGAAUUCUCAAAUUCGUUAUCUACUUCAGAAUUAUCUAUAUCAGAAAAGGUUGCAACAUCUAAUGCAUCGGUUGGAGUAGAGGGUACUAGUACUACAGAGGAACACACUGAUGCAACUCGGAAUGAGAAGUCAGAAACCAGUAAUGGAACAGAUGUAAAAGAUGAAAGCCGGGACUCUGCCAAAACUGAGAAUCCAGAUGUAGUUCACCAUGACCCCGUUGAUUCUUCCAUCCCCUUAGAGAAGGAUGUCCGCGCGGAUCUUGAUACUUUGCCAGAAAUUAGAACUGAAGGAAGCAACAAUGAAGAUGCUGCGGCUGAAUGAUAAUUUUGAUCAAGUAGUUAUUAGUUUUAGUCCAGUUAUAAAAUUUUUGUUUUCCUUUGUUUUGAAUUUGGUAACAUGUGGGGUUCUAGAACCCUUUUGCUUGAUCGUGUGAAUUAUUGAUUAAUUGAGAGAAUAUGGUUUCAACUUUCUAGGUGGAGUGUAGGCAAGUUGAUGGUA